GGGGGAGGGGAUCGGGCGGGAGCGAGGGGCGCAGGAACAGCCCCGGUCUGCUCUAUUGGCAGGAAGUCUGGAGCAGAAGGAGGGCUUGAAGACGGUCCUCGCUGCCCCGACGGAACCGCAGCCGCUCUUGCCUGGCUCAGGCCGAAAUGAGCUAAUUGCCCGCUAUAUUAAGCUGAGAACAGGGAAAACACGCACAAGGAAACAGGUAUCUAGUCACAUCCAGGUCCUGGCGAGGCGGAAAGCUAGAGAGAUCCAAGCCAAGCUCAAGGAUCAGGCAGCUAAAGAUAAAGCCAUGCAGAGUAUGGCUACAAUGUCAUCUGCCCAGAUUAUCUCUGCAACUGCCUUCCAUAGUAAAAUGGCCUUGCCUGGUCUCCCACGACCAGCCUACCCUGCUGUUUCUGGGUUUUGGCAAGGAGCUUUGCCAGGCCAAGCUGGAUCUUCCCAAGACGUGAAACCAUUUUCUCAACAACCUUAUGCUGUACAGCCUCCAUUGCCUUUACCAGGGUUUGAGUCUCCUGCUGGCCUCUCGCCUUCCCCAUCAGCACCAGCUUGGCAAGGUCGGAGGGUUGCUAGCUCCAAACUUUGGAUGUUAGAAUUCUCUGCAUUCUUGGAACAGCAACAAGACCAAGACACAUAUAACAAACACCUAUUUGUGCACAUUGGGCAGUCAAGCCCCAGCUACAGUGAUCCCUACCUCGAAGCAGUGGAUAUUCGGCAGAUCUAUGACAAGUUCCCUGAGAAAAAAGGGGGUCUGAAGGAGCUCUUUGAAAGGGGGCCAGCUAAUGCCUUCUUCCUUGUUAAGUUCUGGGCUGAUUUGAACACCAGUAUUGAAGAUGAAUCCAGAUCUUUCUAUGGCGUUUCCAGCCAGUAUGAGAGCCCAGAAAACAUGGUCAUUACCUGUUCCACCAAAGUGUGUUCCUUUGGAAAGCAGGUGGUAGAGAAAGUUGAGACAGAGUAUGCACGCUAUGAAAACGGACACUAUUCCUAUCGCAUUCACCGUUCCCCUCUCUGCGAAUACAUGAUAAAUUUCAUUCACAAACUCAAGCACCUUCCUGAGAAGUACAUGAUGAACAGUGUGCUGGAGAACUUUACUAUCUUACAGGUUGUGACAAACAGAGACACACAGGAGACCUUGCUGUGCAUAGCGUAUGUUUUCGAGGUGUCAACUAGUGACCAUGGUGCCCAACAUCACAUCUACCGUCUGGUGAAGGACUAGAGACUCUCUGUCCUAAAUCAUCCAUGGGAUGCAUGUCUAAGAAAAAAGCCCAUGCUUGAACAACCCUUGCCCCCUCAUAUCAAACUGAAAAAUAAACUGCAGAUACUGUGUAUUUUCAGAAAAAGCA